AUAGUGAGACCUCAUCUCUUAAAGAAAAUGUAUAGUAUACUAAAUGAAUAUUGGUUUUACUUUUUUUUCAUAUGCCUUUCCUAUGUAGUUUUCCAUACCAUUGUAACUGGCAGUAAAAUGAUUUUUAAUGUUUUAACAGAAAACUUCAAAGGUCAUGAAUAACUAUAAUUCUUCCCAUUAAUUACUGAUUGCUUAAUUGCAGGGUUUUUCAGUCUUACAUUGCACAGUUCUGCACAGUGAGGACUGCCUAUAUGUGCUGUUAAAGUGAUCUAAAUAUGUCCUGAGAAGGACUCUGUACUUCUGUAUUUGAGUUCUUGUGGAAGAACUGCAACCUAGCUUAAUAGGUAGACAAGAUUGAAAACCUAACUAGGAGUAUGUACCUAUAACUAUAGCUGAGACUUGGCCAAUCCCAGCAACCAUACUUAAACCAUUCAUACACCGCUGAGUGUUCAGACUGUGUUCAAACAAGGCAAACAUCAGUCUGUAACCAAUCUAGCUGUUCUGUACCUUACUUCCGAUUUCUGUACAUCAUUUCUCCUUUUUGGUCUAUAAAUCUUCCACGAGGUGGCUGUGCUGGAGUCUCUGUGAAUCUGCUGUGAUUCUGGGGACUACCUGACUUGUGAAUUUUUCGUUGUUCAAUUAAACUCCAUUAAAUUUUAUUUGGCUAAAGUUUUUCUUUAAUCAGAUAGUGUCAGAAGUGGGAUCUGAAGUAGAGCUUCUGGCAACCCCCAGGAGUGCUGAUUGAACUGAACAAGCAAGGUACCUGCAGGACCCACUUGUGUUCACUGAUCUCUCAGAGCAGCUGGGGCUUGUGGAUAAGCUCUCUCUUGGAUUUCAGAGCUCCACAGAUUUGUGUUUUGAGCUCUCCAAGUUUCUUUGAGCCAAUUUCUGAUCCAAACAGGGUUUGGAAGUCAUGACAGAAACUGAGCUGGGUCCAGGAAUGGAUUUGAUCUGGGAAUUAAUUGGCUUGGAUCCAGUUAGAGGUCUCUUACACCUGACUGGUUCAGAAAGGAACUGAUAGUAAGCAGUAAUAUUGCAGGAUUAUAAAACUUGACUUUUGAAAAUUCACAGGGAUUUUUAUGUUCUACCCCUUUGUUUCAUUUUUCUUGCAUGCUUAGGUAGGAAAAAUCAUUGGCUCAGUUAAUCAAGAGACCCUGAGAGUCAAGCCAAUAUUUUAAGUAAAAAUGAGAUCCUUAUUUUCCAGAAAACUAAGUUCCUUCCAGCUUACAUUAGGCCUGGGAGGCAGCAUAGUCUUACAGAAAUGGCAAAAUCUUACUAUAGAUAACUUACAGUGGAAUGUUCCAAAUGUACAACAAUGCAAUUAAGUAUGUUUAAAAAUAAGGGCUCUCAGUAAAGUCUCUUUCAGUUAAGAACAAGUUUGGCGCUAUGGGAUGUUAACUGCUAUUCUCUUUUGAUUAAUCUGUCUUAUACUUUUUGCUGACUGCUAUAGGUGACAGUAUUAGGCAUGUACAGGACCAUGGGACAUGGGAAGCUUUUUCCUCUCCAAAAGGGGAAUCUUGAGAGCUGAUGGGAUUGCUGGAAAAGAUCCCUUCACUACUGACAAGUGGCCUCCUGAACUUUUCAGUGUCACUGCAAUGAAUGGGUCUUGCUCUCGCCUCCCUGAGCUCUUCACUUUUCCCAUCUUGCCACAGGCAAUACUUUUCUUUCUCUUCCUUUCCUUUCGUAUCUUUUCUGUUACUCAGGGCAGCCAUCUUGCCCAGAGACCAUGUGCUGAAACUCCUAGUUGGAGGUUGGAUUGAAGAUGACAGGGGCCAUCGGAGGGCAAAUUUAAGCCUAACCAGUUUGAUAUUGGGUGCUAAACAGAGUGGCUAAUGUCUGUGUUUUAUCAUAUGUGUUUUGUUCUGGCCAAAACGAAAAAAGAUCAUUUUCUUUUAUGAUGCAGCUUGGCCCCCAGGGCGAUGGUGUGGCAAGCUGGGUCACUAGAGCUGCUCAGGGAAAGGGAAAGAGAGCCCAGAAGCCUAGCAUGCCAGUAAAAGGAUGACUCCAGAAUUGAUGAUAAAAGCCUGUAGCUUUUAUACUGGACAUUUAGUAAAGACUCAUUUUUGCACUUGGAGAGACAUAGCUCGUACAAAUGAAAAUGUCGCCCUGGCUGAAAAAAUGAACAGAGCAGUGACAUGUUACAAUUUCAGACUUCAGAAAUCUGUAUUUCAUCACUGGCACUCUUACAUGGAAGACCAGAAAGAAAAACUUAAAAAUACGCUAUUGCGAAUACAACGGAUCAUCUAUUGUCACAAGCUGUCCAUUAUCCUAACAAAAUGGCGGAAUAGAGCAAGACUUAAGAGUAAAAAGAAAGAAGAUGAGCUGAUACUAAAACAUGAACUUCAAUUGAAAAAAUGGAAAAAUAGGUUAAUACUCAAAAGAGCUACUGCAGAAGAAUCCAAUUUUCCUGAACAAAGUUCUUCUGAAGGCUCUCUUGUAGACGAGACUCUAAAAUGUGACAUUUCACUGUUACCUGAAAGAGCGAUAUUGCAGAUUUUCUUCUACCUCAGUUUAAAAGAUGUGAUAAUAUGUGGUCAAGUUAAUCAUGCCUGGAUGUUGAUGACACAGCUGAACUCACUGUGGAAUGCUAUUGAUUUUUCCACAGUGAAAAAUGUGAUUCCAGAUAAAUAUAUACUGUCUACUUUGCAAAGGUGGCGUUUAAAUGUGCUGCGUUUGAAUUUUCAUGGUUGUCUUCUCCGACCCAAAACUUUCAGAUCUGUCAGCCACUGUAGGAACUUGCAAGAGCUGAAUGUCUCUGACUGCCCAACAUUCACAGAUGAAUCAAUGAGACACAUUUCUGAGGGCUGCCCGGGGGUCCUGUAUCUCAAUCUGUCUAACACAACUAUCACCAACAGGACGAUGCGACUCCUGCCGAGGCACUUCCACAACUUACAGAAUCUUAGUUUGGCUUAUUGCAGAGGGUUCACAGAUAAAGGCUUACAGUACCUGAACUUGGGGAAUGGAUGCCACAAGCUCAUCUAUCUGGACCUCUCCGGCUGCACCCAGAUUUCAGUCCAAGGCUUCAGGUACAUUGCAAACAGCUGCACUGGAAUUACGCAUCUUACCAUUAAUGACAUGCCAACUCUGACGGACAACUGUGUAAAAGCUUUAGUUGAAAAGUGCUCUCGUAUUACAUCGCUGGUUUUCACUGGUGCACCGCAUAUCUCCGAUUGUACUUUCAAAGCUCUUUCUACUUGUAAACUCAGAAAGAUCCGAUUCGAAGGAAAUAAAAGGGUUACUGAUGCAUCCUUCAAAUAUAUAGACAAGAAUUAUCCAAAUCUCAGUCACAUUUAUAUGGCUGACUGCAAGGGAAUAACAGACAGCAGCCUCAGAUCCCUUUCACCUUUGAGGCAACUGACUGUGUUGAAUUUGGCAAAUUGUGUAAGAAUUGGUGAUAUGGGGCUAAGGCAAUUUCUUGAUGGUCCUGCAAGCAUAAGGAUAAGAGAGCUAAAUUUAAGCAACUGCGUGCGGCUAAGCGAUGCCUCUGUUAUGAAACUAUCUGAGCGCUGCCCUAAUUUAAACUACUUGAGUUUACGAAAUUGUGACCAUUUGACAGCCCAAGGAAUUGGAUAUAUUGUAAACAUCUUUUCCUUGGUAUCAAUAGAUCUCUCUGGAACAGACAUCUCUAAUGAGGGUUUGAAUGUACUUUCCAAACAUAAAAAAUUGAAGGAACUUUCUGUAUCCGAGUGUUAUAGAAUCACUGAUGUUGGAAUUCAGGCAUUCUGCAAAAGCUCACUGAUCUUGGAACAUUUGGAUGUCUCUUAUUGCUCCCAGCUGUCAGAUAUGAUUAUCAAAGCACUGGCCAUUUACUGCAUUAACCUCACGUCUCUCAGCAUUGCUGGCUGUCCAAAGAUUACUGACUCAGCGAUGGAGAUGUUAUCGGCAAAAUGCCAUUACCUGCACAUUUUGGAUAUCUCUGGUUGUGUCCUGCUUACUGACCAAAUCCUUGAGGACCUUCAGAUAGGCUGCAAACAACUCCGGAUCCUUAAGAUGCAAUACUGCACAAAUAUUUCCAAGAAGGCAGCUCAGAGAAUGUCAUCUAAAGUUCAGCAGCAGGAAUACAACUCUAAUGACCCUCCACAUUGGUUUGGCUAUGAUAGGGAAGGAGACCCUCUUACAGAGCUUGACAAUGUAACACCAUCUAAAGGAGCCUCAGAAUUAACAGUGGAAAAGUCAACAUAUAGCAGUGAAGAGCAAGUAGCGUGACCUUCAGCCUCAAGCAGGAAAAACAACAAAUCAAGAACUUGACAAGUUUUCUCCAUUUGUUGCAAGUAUGUUCACUAGCUGAAUCUCAAUAACAAUGUAAACAAGCAA